CAACGAAAACCCUAGGUUUUCUCCUCCCUUCCCUCUCUCACGGCGGAGCUAUGGCGCUCAUAGGCGGCGCCGGCGCAUGCCCCCUCGCCGGUGCGCGCACUCGCCCAAGGGGGAGUGCGCCGCCUUCGAGUGGCCUUGCCCCGGCGCCCCUCCCCCAUCGUCUCCCCGCGGCGGCAUCGGCUACGGCCGGCGGCGGCGGAGUACUGGCCGCUUGCAUCGGCGACAGCCGGCGGCGGCGGUAGAUCUUCCCGCGCGCGUCGGCAACGGCGGACUCCCGCGCGGUGUCUGCGGCAACCGGCUGUGGGGAGCUGGGGAGGAGGUCGGCGGGGUGGACAAGCUCGGCGCCGACGUGCUCGUGAUGGGGAGCCAUGGCUAUGGCCUGUUCAAGAGGGCUCUGCUUGGGAGAGUGAGUGAUUACUGCGUCAGGAACGCCAGCUGUCCAGUUCUCAUCGUCAAGUAGUAGCGACCACUCACUCCAAUGCUUGUAACUGUGCAGCAGCAUGUGUGCUCUGUCCGGCGUUUUUUGAUUUUUUUUUUUUUUUGCUUGUGUUCUGCUUUGUAUGUCUACAUUGCUUCGCAUGUAAUCUGCCGGAAGAGGACGUGCUGAGUGAACUCAGAACUCAGAACUCUGAAGUUAUCCA